AUGGGAUCGCUCAAUCCCCAUGACAACUUGGUCGCUCUUGCCGAGUCGCUCUUGCAAGAUGCUAGAAACCUUGCAUCGACAGACGAUAAGGCUUUUAAGUCUAAGAUGUCCAUGAAGGCAAAAAAGAUGCUCCAACUUACGGCAGUGCCAGAAGAAAUGAUUGGCGGGUUUGCCGUGGCGAUGGGCGAAAUUGGCGCACUGAACCAGUUCAUGGAAUGGAAGCUCUUCGACGCUAUCCCAGACAAGGGCAGUAUCUCGUACGCGGCUCUGGCCACGUCUAUCGACGCAGAUGAGAGCCUCGUGGCCCGCCUUGGCGGCAUGCUUGUUUCUACCGGCAGACUCGUCCAGACGUCAUCGGGCCACGUCGCUCACUCGGCGUCUUCACGAAUGUUCAAACACAAGAACCCGAUCGGCAAUCUCUUUCGAAUCAUGUUCAGCCAUGGCCUUCGCGGAUACACGCAUUGGCAGGACUACUUCGCCACAUACGGAAACCAUGAACCAGCCGGCGUAUCACACAAUCCGUACACAUUUUCCUGGGGUCAUCCGGAGCUCACCGUGUGGGAACACACUGAUCUUGACCCGGAGAGAGCUGAGAUCUUUGCAUCUGCAAUGAGAUCCCAGGGUUCCAUCGCCGGGCGGUACGGCGGACCGGCCUCGAUCUAUGACUUUUCCUGGAUCGGAGAGGAAGCCAUGUCUGCCGCAUCGGAAGCAAGGCCGCUGAUAGUGGAUGUCGGUGGAAACCACGGCGAUACGCUCAAGCAUAUUCUCGAAGCUGUGCCAAGCAUUCCGCAGCAUCGAUGCGUCCUCCAAGACCGCCCAGAUGUGAUCAGCGAGGUGACGAGGGAAGACGAUCAGGGGCUGAGCGAGGUCGUCAAAGUCGGGCACGACUUCAUGCAGGAGAACCCCACUAAGGGCGUCAUGAUCUAUCUGCUCCGCCGAGUACUCCACGAUUGGUCAGACCAGGCCUCUAUUGAGAUUCUGACGCAUCUCUGCGCCGCAUUGCCCAGAGAUGAGCCGCGCGCUAGAGUUCUCAUAAUGGAACAAGUGGUGUCGGACCCGCCGUCUGUUAGAAGCGCGGCGGCUGACAUGAUCAUGCUCAACAUUGGGGGCAAGGAGCGCACCGAAGAAGGGUUUGAGAAGAUCGCCAAGGCAUCCGGUUUGAAGAUUGUCAGAAUCCACCGCAAGGAGGGAACAGAGAUUGGAGUGGUUGAGUGUGCGAAAGCUUGA